CCGCGUCCUCGGCGCUUGUGGAUGACGUAAACCGGGGCGGGGAAGUGCGGAAGGGGAGAAAGACUCACAGGUGUCGCUCUUAGUUGCUCGUGGAGUGUCUGUACCGCUUUAAGUUGCUCGGUGUUAUUCAGGAGUACUUUGCCUGUCACUCAAGGUGGUUUCAACUUUCCAACUCAAUGGCUUUUGUGCCAGUGAUACCGGAGUCCUACAGCCAUGUUCUUGCAGAGUUUGAGUCUCUGGAUCCAUUACUUUCAGCCCUGAGGCUGGACUCCAGUCGUCUAAAGUGCACGAGCAUAGCUGUGUCUCGGAAAUGGUUGGCUUUGGGCAGUUCAGGAGGAGGACUCAAUCUCAUUCAGAAGGAAGGCUGGAAGCACAGGCUCUUUCUUUCACACAGGGAAGGUGCAAUUUCUCAGGUUGCCUGUUGUUUACACGAUGAUGAUUAUGUUGCUGUAGCUACCAGUCAAGGUCUCGUAGUUGUUUGGGAGUUAAAUCAGGAGCGUCGUGGGAAACCAGAACGAAUUUAUGUGUCUUCAGAGCACAAAGGCCGAAAAGUUACAGCUCUCUGUUGGGACACAGCUAUUCUUAGAGUUUUUGUAGGUGAUCAUAUGGGGAAAGUUUCUGCCAUCAAACUUAACACUUCCAAACAAGCAAAGGCAGCUGCUGCCUUUGUGAUGUUUCCUGUCCAGACAAUAACAACGGUUGACUCCUGUGUUGUGCAAUUAGAUUAUUUGGACGGAAGACUCCUUAUAUCUUCACUUACUCGGUCAUUCUUGUGUGACACUGAGAGAGAAAAAUUUUGGAGAAUUGGAAGCAAGGACAGAGAUGGAGAAUACGGAGCUUGUUUCUUCCCUGGAAGGUGUUCUGCGGGCCAGCAACCCCUAAUAUAUUGUGCUCGCCCUGGCUCCAGGAUGUGGGAAGUGAACUUCGAUGGGGAAGUUAUAAGUACACAUCAGUUUAAGAAACUCCUCUCUUCACCACCUCUCCCUGUGAUUACCCUAAGAUCAGAUCCUCAGUAUGAUCAUACAGUUGGGUCCUCCCAAUCUUUGUCUUUCCCCAGACUCUUGCACAUUAGUGAGCACUGUGUGCUGACUUGGACAGAAAGAGGAAUUUAUGUUUUCCUUCCUCAGAAUGUUCAGGUUCUUCUCUGGAGUGAAGUCAAAGAUAUUCAGGAUAUAGCUGUCUGCAAGAAUGAGCUCUUCUGUCUGCACCUCAAUGGGAAAGUCUCACAUCUUUCUCUGUUGUCUGUGGAACGCUGUGUGGAACGCCUGCUGAGGAGAGGCCUGUGGAACCUGGCUGCUCGCACUUGCUGUCUUUUCCAAAAUUCUCUUAUUGCCGGCAGAGGAAGAAAAUCUUUGACUGUAGAUAAAUUGGAGCAUUUGAAGUCUCAGCUGGACGUCGCAACCUACAGUGAUCUUAUUUCUCAGCUGGAAGAAUUGAUCUUAAAAUUCGAGCCUUUGGAUUCAGCUUGCAGCAGUAGAAGAAGCUCCAUUUCGUCACAUGAAAGUUUCAGCAUCUUGGACUCUGGUAUUUAUCGUAUCAUUAGCAGUAGAAGAGGCAGUCAGUCAGAUGAAGAUUCUUGUUCGCUUCAUAGCCAAACCCUCUCAGAAGAUGAGAGACUCAAAGAAUUUGCCUCACAUCAAGAAGAGGACCCACCAGAUCAGUGUUGGGGCUCACACGGAAAUGAAGACAGUGUUUCCCAUGUUCCUGGGACAUCUGAGACAGAUAAGAAUGAAACUUUUCUCCCCUUCAGCAUUCCGCUUUCAUUUCGUUCUCCAUCUCCUCUUGUGUCUCUUCAGGCUGUCAAGGAAAGUGUUUCUAGUUUUGUACGUAAAACUACCGAGAAGAUUGGCACCCUUCAUACAAGCCCUGAUCUGAAAAUAAGACCAGAACCCAGAGGUGAGGAACAGUUAUGUGAAGAGGAGAUGAGUCCAGUCACCUGCCCAAAGGAAGACGACACUGAGGACAAAAAAGAAGUAAUUAGUCAACCUCUGGAAGAAGACAAGCUCCAAGAGCUCAAAGUAGCAACAGCAGAAGCAAUGACCAAGCUAGAGGACCCACUGGUUUUGUUUGAACCCACGUCUCUGAGGAUGAUCUUACAGGAGUGGCUCUCGCAGUUAGAAAAAAUGUUUGCCACGAAGGACUUCACAGUUAUUUCAGAUACUGGCAACUCAUCCAUGACAUCAAACCAGGAUAUGCUGUCAUUUGAAGAGUCAGAAAAGGAAAUGUUAGAUGAAGACCGUGAAAAAGAAAAGGGGGACUCUUUAGGCAGUGAAGAAACUGUUGAUCCCACAGCGUGUGAAUCUACAAAUAGUCCGAGGGAGCCCUUGGAUGACCUUAUCCAAGUAUGUUCUCCGUGCAGCAUAGCCAGCUGUCUUCAGAAGGACCUGGCUGAAUUGACAACGUUGUGUUUGGAAUUGAAUGUAUUGAAUCCUGAGACCAAAAGCACAAGUGGACAUGUGGACCACACUUCGCAACAGUACUGUCCUCACAGUCUGGCUUGCCAGUUCAUAAAGAAGUAUUUUUUUCUCCUGGACUUGAAAAGAGCAAAGGAGAGUAUCAAGCUUAGUUACGCUAACAGUCCUUGUGUUUGGGAUACUUUUAUUGAAGGACUGAAAGAAAUGGCAAGUUCUAAUCCUACAUAUAUACAGAUGGAAGAAGGAGACCUACCAACAAGAAUAAAGUUAUUGAAUGACUCAGUCCCCUUUGACAGUCCUUUGUUGAUUGCUCAUGCUACCCGAUUGUAUGAGAGGUUUGGAGAAUCUGCCCUUCGGUCCUUAAUCAGAUUUUACCCAUCUAUUUUGCCUUCGGAUGUCAUGCAACUUUGUCAUCAUCAUCCUGGUCAGUUUUUGGCCUACUUAGACGGUCUGGUGAAAUCAAGGCCUGAAGAUCAAUGGCCAUCCUUCCUUGAGUCCCUUCUACAACCAGAGUCUUUGAGAUUGGAUUGGCUGCUUUUGGCCAUGUCCCACGAUGCUCCCCCAAGCACAAGCAUGAUGGACGAUGAAGGAAACCCUAGGCCUCAUUCACACUUGUCUUCGUGGGGCUACAGUCAGCUGAUGCUACAUCUCAUUAAACUACCUGCAGAUUUUACAACCAAAGAGAAAAUGACUGACAUCUGUAAGUCUCAUGGUUUCUGGCCUGGAUAUCUUUCUCUUUGUUUGGAGCUGGAGAGAAGAAGAGAGGCCUUCACCAAUAUUGUGUGCCUGAAUGAUAUGAGCCUGAUGGAAGGGAACAAUGGUUGGAUCCCAGAGACUGUGGAGGAAUGGAAGCUUCUCCUGCAUCUGGUGCAGACCAAGAGCACAAAGCCAAGCCCCCAGAAGUCACCACAUGGGAACUUCAAUGAUGGGCCUUCCCCCAUCAACGUGGAGAAUGUGGCACUCCUGUUAGCCAAGGCUAUGGGCCCAGAUCGGGCCUGGUCCCUCCUACAGGAGUGUGGUUUAACCGUGGAGCUGUCAGAGAGGUUUACCAGAACCUGCGAUAUCCUAAGGAUUGCUGAGAAAAGGCAGAGAGCCUUGAUACAAAGCAUGCUUGAAAAAUGUGAUCGGUUUCUCUGGUCUCAGCAGGCCUAGUGGAAGAAGAUUGAGCAAAUGUCACAACGUUUUGUGAAAAACUGAAUCAUACUCCCAAACGUCCUGAGUGCAUUUGCUGUUGAAGGAAAUGUACCACCUGAAAACCCUGCCACCUUCCAGGGUGUACUUUUGUCAGUGUCCCUCAUUUCUGCGUUUG